GGCACCGCAGCCAGAGCGGGGGAGUUGAGCUCCGCCUGGACGUUUGCUCUCCUGUCCGCCUCCUUCCCAGCCUUCUGCAGAAGAGAGAAAUAAGGUCAAACAAACUUUCUCCCUACUCACGACGCCCUCCUCCCUCUUUCCUGAUUAUGUCUACUUUGAGAAUUCCUCCAGCAACCCAUACUUAAUCAGGAGGAUAGAAGAACUCAACAAGACUGCAACUGGCAACGUGGAAGCAAAAGUAGUGUGCUUUUAUAGACGACGAGAUAUUUCCAACACGCUUAUAAUGCUUGCAGACAAGCAUGCUAAAGAAAUUGAGGAAGAGUCUGAGACAACAGUUGAGGCCGACUUGACUGAUAAGCAGAAACACCAGUUGAAACACAGGGAACUCUUUCUGUCGCGCCAGUAUGAGUCUCUGCCUGCAACACACAUCAGGGGGAAAUGCACUGUUGCCCUUCUGAAUGAGACAGAGUCAGUAUUGUCAUAUCUUGAUAAAGAGGAUAGCUUUUUCUAUUCACUGGUCUAUGACCCCUCAGUGAAAACACUAUUAGCUGACAAAGGUGAAAUCAGAGUGGGACCUAGAUACCAAGCAGACAUUCCAGAAAUGCUCUCAGAAGGAGAAUCAGAUGAGAGGGAACAGUCAAAAUUGGAAGUUAAAGUUUGGGACCCCAAUAGCCCACUUACAGACCGACAGAUUGACCAGUUUUUAGUUGUAGCACGUGCUGUCGGGACGUUUGCCCGGGCCCUGGACUGCAGCAGUUCUGUGAGGCAGCCUAGUUUGCACAUGAGCGCAGCUGCGGCUUCGCGGGACAUCACGCUGUUUCAUGCUAUGGAUACAUUGUAUAGACACAGCUAUGAUUUGAGCAGUGCAAUUAGUGUCUUAGUGCCACUUGGAGGACCUGUUUUAUGCAGAGAUGAAAUGGAAGAAUGGUCAGCCUCUGAAGCUAGUUUAUUUGAAGAGGCCCUGGAAAAAUAUGGCAAAGACUUCAACGAUAUACGCCAAGACUUUCUCCCUUGGAAAUCAUUGACGAGCAUCAUUGAAUAUUAUUACAUGUGGAAAACUACUGACAGAUAUGUACAGCAGAAACGUCUAAAAGCUGCAGAAGCUGAGAGUAAACUGAAACAAGUGUAUAUCCCAACUUACAGCAAACCAAAUCCCAACCAAAUAUCUACCAGCAAUGGCAAACCUGGUGCUGUGAAUGGAGCCGUGGGGACCACGUUCCAGCCGCAGAACCCCCUGUUAGGGCGCGCCUGUGAGAGCUGCUACGCUACACAGUCUCAUCAGUGGUAUUCCUGGGGCCCGCCUAAUAUGCAGUGUAGACUGUGUGCAACCUGUUGGCUCUACUGGAAAAAAUACGGAGGCCUGAAAAUGCCCACCCAGUCAGAAGAGGAGAAGCUGUCCCCCAGCCCACCUACAGAGGACCCUCGUGUUCGAAGCCACGUGUCACGCCAGGCCAUGCAGGGGAUGCCGGUCCGGAACACUGGAAGCCCAAAGUCUGCUGUGAAGACCCGCCAGGCUUUCUUCCUUCACACUACGUGUUUCACAAAAUUUGCUCGUCAGGUCUGCAAAAAUUCCCUCCGGCUGCGGCAGGCAGCGAGACGGCCGUUUGUUCCUAUUAACUAUGCUGCCAUUAGGGCAGAAUAUGCAGACAGACACGCCGACCCUUCGGGAAGUCCGCUGAAGAGCAAAAGCACUAGGAAGCCUUUGGCGUGCAUCAUUGGGUAUCUAGAGAUCCAUCCUUCGAAGAAACCUAAUGUAAUCCGAUCUACACCAAGUCUGCAAACCCCAACUACCAAGCGGAUGCUAACCACCCCGAAUCACACAUCACUGAGCAUUCUGGGGAAAAGAAACUACAGCCAUCACAAUGGCCUGGAUGAGCUCACAUGCUGCGUGUCAGACUGAGCUGUCCCUGUUUCAUCCUGCAGUCCGAGACUUGCUACACUGUCCUGCUGAUGUUCACGGCGGUGCCUGGGAAGGAGGCAGCCCCAUUCCCAGUACAUUUCAGAGGGAGACCUCCCCGCGCAGCCCCUGGAGACUCGGUGGGGCAGGGGACGAAACUGUAGGGGUGCACGUCCCAAAAGCUGAGUCUCCAUGUGUGAAUCGUGUCACCUCGCUUUGCUCUCAGAGACCUCGCUGUCCCAGCAAGACCCGCCUGUGAAUGACGGGGAUGAGGGAGCCACUGCGUCUCCUCCCUUCUCCACACCUGCACCCGCGCCCCGGGCACAGCGGCUCCUGGAGCAGCGGGCAGCUGAGAGCUCAGAGCCCCGCUGCCCUGCAUGCGACAGCUCGGCUCUGUCCUCAGCUGCGUGACUGUGUACAGGAGGGACACGCCUCUUUCUGGAUGGAUUUUUCUUAGGAAAUGUGCCAGAGUUUAUGCUGUUCACAGUAUUUCCCCCCUCCUUGCUGUUACUGUCACUGGCUUUUUCUCAUUAGGCUUCAUAGUUAUUUUUUUUAAUGGGAAAAUUUCCCUCUUUACUCCCUGCAUUGUAUAUUCAACCCGCCUUCCCUAACCCUCCAAGGUCCAGAAUCACCUGAGGUUCUGACAAAAGAUAAGAAAGCUGUCUUUGCUAAGCUGUGAACUCUUCCUAUUGUCUGUAUUUUGUCACUGAAGAGAGUUGGUGUCUGCUCGGUUCUGCCUGGUCCCAGACAGCGCUCUCCAGAGCAGCUGUGAGCCAGCCGUGCGCAUCACUGUGACAAACCACCUGGGUACUGUUCUGUUCCCUUAGGGCCAGACCGGCUGGGUUGGUCCUUCAGCAAGUGACAGACCACCCAGGUUUGUUUUAAGCAUAUGGAAUCUGUGUGGCAAGGAAGGUAAAGAGAGAGCUGUGUUUGCAGGUGAGUCUGUGGGGGCCACUGUGAGCCCCCACGCCUGGCCCAAACGUUCCUGUGGGCACAUGUGCCCAGGCCCCGGGACACCUGCCCACACCCUAGGUCCCCCUGACUUGGGCUCCUCCUGUCUGCUCUCAGCUCCAGCCCUUCGUGGUGUCACAGGCUGCUGCUCUGCAGCUCUCUGCACACAGCUGCGGGACGGACACUCAGUGCCCCAUGGGCUCCUCGAGCAGAUGUGAGUCUGGCUACUCCCCCACCCUCGGUUUGCAGGCUGCAGGGCACUGAGUCACAGCGCCAUGACCGACUACUGGAGUCUGGCCUCCUAGCUGCCCUCGGGGUUUAGGCAACUGAAUGGCUGAAACAGCCAGGUGGGUGCAGGAUAGAGUGGCUACCAUGGAGUAUUGACCCCCUCCCCCCAAGUCCCAGGGGGAGAGUGGGGUAUCACUGAAAUGAUGACGGCACUCUCGUCCGGGUCCUCAGAGCUGGGUUCAGCUCAGCAAAGAGCAUGUGCUGUGUGCGGGCUGAAGGCGAUGCUGGGAGCCUCAGCUGCCUUUUCCUUUUCUGGCUUUGCAGUCCCGGUGGCUUCCCUUCUGAGGAGGAGUUGGUUCUUAUCUCAGGCUUUUGCGGGGGUGACCUGGGGACAUUCUUACCAUUGCCAACUCUGGGAACUAGUCUGGGUUUCGGCCUGGGACCCUGAGGGUGGGCCUGGGUCAGAGGCACUCAGUGAGCUAUGUGGAGGUGGCAGGCAUUGCCCUCAGAAUUUUCCAAGAGCAGCCCCUUCUGAAAAGGGCCAGGCCGAGAGGGCUCUCCUCAGGACAUGCCACAUGGUGUGUUCUUCUCAAAAGGCAGCUCUCUGCACCCCUGCCCUGGACUUGUUGUCCCAUAAGGACGGUGGACUGUCCCUUGCCCUUUCACUGUCCUCUCCUAACCCACACGAAAUGUGACUGUUGUUUGAGAAACGGUCGGCUGCCCAUGACUCUGCCGCCAGCUUCAUUCCCUCUGCCUGGUGGGAUAGGCCCUCCUUAGCCAGCCCAGGAGAUCUGGAGGCAGCGGCCGGGCCAGGUGGAAAGGAGGAGCAGGGAGGCCCACCCCAGUUCCAGGUCCCAUUUAGCUUUGGGACAUCUGCAGCUCAUUCUGGGCCACAUGUAUCAAGAAAGCUCUUCCUCCGCCUGGUAGCAAGAGCUGCUGGCUCUGCAGCUCCACCCUCCUACGAAAAGGAUGCUGACUCAGACUCACACUCUCACUUCACCUCUGGGAAGCCCCUCGGCCUUCUGAGCGAGCCCUCCAGGAACUGAGGCAGGUGGGCACCCGGCAGCCACCAACGUUCGCCUCCGCUGUGCUGGCACUUGGUGCUGAGAGGGUUUCCUAGCCACCUACUUUCUGGGGCCACAGUGUCACCACUGGGUGUGUUGGUGGCAUGUCCCUGUAGCGCAAUGAGCCUGUGGGGUGGACAUACAGAGUGUCUGCAGGACCCAUAGCAGACAUGCUCAGUGGGUGCUGUGCUGAACCCGAUCUCUGCUCCCUUGGGCAACCUCCCACAAGCUCUGCACGUCAUCUUGCCUCUCCUUCUCCAUCAUCCCCCUGACCCCCGAUUUUCUAGAGGGGCUCCAGAGAGGGUGACACCAGGCGGGUUUCUCAGCAGGCCUCACAAGUCCCCCUUGCCCACAGCCCAGGUCCUGUGUCGGCGUUCCACCAGGAAAACAGAAGCCACUCUAAGUAUUCAAAACAGAAGAGUUUUAAUCCAGGUCAUUGUUUAGCACAGACACAAGAAAAGCUGAGGCCAAACGGGAGUGGGGAGCAACCCAGAAAUGAGUUGGAAGGCUGGUGGGACACAGGGGAGAGGCCGUGGUACUGCGGCCUGGAGCGAGGGGACACUGGGAGGAACCCGGGACCACAGAGGGAGCUGUGGCCACGAGGCAUGGACCCAGGCAGAGUCAGGGAGAGACGGCCUGGCUUCUCCCUAGCUUGUGCUUGCCAGAUGUCUGCAGGUGCCUCUUGUUAGCUAUACCCAGCUGGGAGCCAGCUGACCUAGGGUCCUGGGACAGAUAACCCACAGCGGUCAGCUCGCCACCACUCAGCAGAGCAGGGGAGGGCGAGGAGUGGGUCAAGGGUAAGCGGCAAGGACACAUGUGGCCUUGGUCUGACCUGUGUCACGUCCAAGCCUGAUGUCUGUGCCCCAUGCUGUCCUAAGCUCCCAGUGAGGGGAGAUGGAGGAGCUGCCCCCCUGGGUGUUUGCAGGUUCUUUUUCUCUCUACCUAGAGAGGAAAGAGCUUUAGGGAGGUAGGGAGGGAGGAAGUCUAUACCCGACAGCCGUCCCGUUUUCCUUUGGAGGAAUUCACCCAUUUAGCAGCCCCAGCUCACCAUGCCCCUCAGGAAAGCUGCGCCCCAGUUAUCUGCACCACCCCAUAGCUCUCCCCCAAUCUCCGCUUAUCCCUGCUGAAGAACACGGACCCAGACCACGCCUCAGUGGUCAUGA